UUUAAACCACUUGGUGGCGGCAAGGAACCGUUCAACUGUAGGAGACACCAAAGAAGAAGAAGCUUGAUCACAGAAGUAGAAGAAGAACUGCAGCUUAUUUAUCGUCAACAAGAACACCAGAAAAUGGACACGCGCUUCACUCGAGGGAAGUCCAACAUCUUGGAGCGACCGCUGACCCGGCCGAAGACUGAAGUCAGCGUGAGUGCCUUUGCCCUGCUGUUCUCAGAGAUGGUGCAGUACUGUCAGAGCCGUGUUUACUCCGUGACCGAGCUGCAGACCCGCCUGGCGGACAUGGGCCAGAGCGUCGGAGCCAGCAUGCUGGAUGUGCUGGUGCUGAGAGAGAAGAACGGGAAGAGGGAGACCAAACUGCUGAACAUGUUGCUCUUCAUCAAGGUUAAUGUGUGGAAGUCUUUGUUUGGCAAGGAGGCUGACAAGCUGGAGCAGGCCAACGACGACGACAAGACUUAUUACAUCAUAGAGAAAGAGCCUCUUAUCAACGCCUAUAUCUCUGUGCCGAAAGAGAACAGCAGCUUGAACUGUGCUGCCUUCACUGCCGGUAUCGUGGAAGCCAUUCUCACACACAGUGGCUUCCCAGCUAAGGUGACUGCUCACUGGCACAAAGGUACCACGCUAAUGAUAAAGUUUAACGAUUCAGUGAUUGCCAGAGACAAGGCUUUGGAUGGCAGAUAAGAAAGAUUGGAAACUGUGAGUAGUUUUGUAAAUCAGUGCAGGAUGAGGAUAAGUCAUCCAGGUCCUGUUUGGUCUUGUGUCUGUGACUGCAACUGAAUUCCAGUGUGGUACCUGAUGGGACAGAGUGACUUCAUGGAGGAAGACUUCGCUGUACUGAGCCACGUGUAAAAAAUUGCAGCUACAACGUUUUGUGGAUCAUCUCUCUCUUGUCAUACCUCUUGAAGUUGUUCAUUGUAUUUUUACUUUUGUUUUGCAGUUUAUUUACAGACCACUGUCAAAAGAAAAAUUUGCUGUCUGAGACUUUACACUUCCAUCAUGUUACUGUUAUAUUUUAUUACAAACACAACUUCUGAUUUAAAAGUCAUCGCAGUUUCAAUGAAUUCAUGAGUUUAGCUGUUAAUACAAUAAAUAAAGAAUGAAAAAAUUAAUAAAUUUCAAAUAAGGGUGAAAGUUAAAGCUGCAGUGCAGAACUUUUGCCUUCUCUCUUCUGUCAGGGAUAGUAAUCAAACAAACACUACUGAUGUUUACACAACACACUGACAUUCAGGCCAUACUGUUCCAAGAUGGUGAUCCAUCAUUUAAGUAGAGUCUAUGUACAACAUAGACUUUUACCAAUACCAAUCAAUCCAGGACCAGUGAGGCAUUUCUGUUCUCCGUCACUUCUUUUAGCCUUAAGCACAAAGAAGAAAAGCGACACCACUCCACAUUUUUUCUUUGUCAUUAAUCCUGUAUUGACUACAAUCCGUCCUCUGAACCGCUAGUUUAUUUUUUAUACAAAGCUUUAGAAACCGUUUUUGAUUACAACCUGGAUUAUGUUUCUUUCUUCCUUUCUGCCCAAGUUACAUUAGUGACUCUUGUUUCUUUGCCAAAGGCUCAACCAUACUCCUAGUUUCUACACACUACUGUCUCCUUUACUUCAGCCUCGCAAAACACAUCAUAUACACAGACGCCUGAUUUAAGACUCUUGCAUACUAUAAAAUAUAAAAAAGACACUUAGUCACUCAUCUGGCUCCUCUGGAUCAAAUGUAAUGGAUGUUCUUUAAAUGUAAAAGUCCUGCAGCGCAGCUAUAAACUCAACAUUCUCCUUAAUGGCAAUCGAUUAGGUGGAGCAUCAAUGGUUUCUGUAAUGUAAAUUUAAAAAUGUAAUGACACAAAAUGUUUUAUUUUACAGAUAGUGGUGCAAGAUCAAUUUUGUUUCAUGCCACUUUAACCACAGUUUUAUCUCAAUGGAUUUGUACCUUGAAUUACCACAUUUGUGUCCUGUACUUUAACUAUAUUGUUAUGUAUGUGUGGACUUCUGCGAAUAAAAACUUGAAGCAG